AUGCUCUUUCUUUUGUCCACGUGCUUUUUGCUAUUCUCGGCUGUUCGUCCGGACCCAGUCACCAUCAACAUCACUCUGGGAUGCAUGCCAACUCUCAGUUGGUGCGCAAACUUCAAGAUUUUCGAAAUUAACAGGUGAACAAUAGUUAUAUCUCCUAAAAUAGAAAUUAUCUGCUUCAGACGCACCGAAACCGUUUGGUAUUCCUUCAAUAACUAUUGCACUGAUCGACUCUGGCACAAAUUCACGGUUGGACCAUUGAUGUCCAAUCAAACCGAUGCUCCAGUCAGACAUUACCACAUAUUGAUCGAAUUGAACAUUAAUUACAGGAACAUAAAAUCUCUUGGCAAAUGGAACACAAUUGUACUGCUGACGGACUUCCACGUUGCUACGACGCUUUUGCACCAGAAACCGUUAAAAACAACGGACCGUGAGAUUUUCAUUUUCACUCAGGUUCAUCUUCAUUUUUUUAGAAUCAGCUUCGAUUUAAACAUUGACUUCUAUGAUAUGGGAGAAGAAGGCAAAUGCAUUCAUCCGACCUUGUGAAUUCUUUAAUGAAGUUUAAAACAUUGUUUUCUCUAAAGGUUCUGUCAACUGAUUGUUUGUGAUGUAAGCCAUGGGAAUCGGACAAUUAAUCUAGUGAUUUGAAAGCAUUAAGAGUGAUGUAUCUCUCGGCACGACCUCGCAAAACACUUCUCCUCUCGUUCCUCAUUAGAUCUUCUCAGGUCAUUUAUUUCGAAUCACACUCCUCUUGCCAGACUUUGGGGUCCUCGCCUCACUCAUCACAUAAAUUUUGCUGGCUCUGCUCCGGUUAGGUCGCAGAAGCGGAUCGAAAAAACACGUGUCGUGGCGACGGGAAAAGACCAAAGAGAAGAUAAUGAGAUCAAAGGAGAAAUGAAGAAAAUGAGAAGCUAGGGUUUCGGGACGAGAUAAGCCGCAGAUUGCAAAGGGAAACGACGGAGACGGCGGCGGCGGGCUUGAGCGGUCCGCCCGGUUGGAUGAAAAGACAGCUGUCUCGUCUUGACGUAGACCGACUGGAAGGAGGAGACUGUGGAGUAGCUACUUAUUGCGUCGUUCCGCCGGUGUGAGUGUGUCUCGCGGUGGGUCCGCCGCCGCUUGACUAUGCAGACACUCCGAAAUCCGCUGUCGAUAUUCAGAGCACGGUAUGUUGCACUUUUGGAUGUAUCUUUCAAGCUGUUUUACUAGGUUUUUUGAUACAUCAUAAUUUUUGUUCGAUUUAUUUACUUCAAAUCUUGAGCCAUUUCCUUUUUGACAAAUCGAUAUGCUCUGUUUUAUUGUCAACGUUCUCGAGUUACAUUUGCCGCCAAACUCUGCCCCCAAUGUCAUGAGUUACUUGUUAGUGUAUCAGCUCCGACAAACAUCAAGUUUACACAUUCCCAUACCCACCAACCACUCUCAUUUUUCACUAAACUACAAUUCAAUGCAUAAUUCCAGAUCGCGAAGUCGAGAACGAAGCAUUCCUCAACGAGCUGUCACUCAAUCAGAAAGGCCGGACAAAUCUCGGUCAGUUGUGUUAUUGUCACCCAAAAAUUUCGGGAGCACAGAGCAAUCAAUCCAUCUCGUCAUUCUUCAUUUCAGAAACAAAAAUGACAACGAAAAAACGAAAGGUGAUUUGGCGCAAAACACUGCAAGCUCGGCCAAUAAUGCGGCUGAUAAUGCGACGACUCAGAAAUUGUUUGUGAAACGUGGCAAGUAUGCUUCGGAGUGCUUAGCAGAGACUAAAAUUGAGAGGAAAUCAGUGUAAGUACUAGACUCCCAGACAAUUCUCCAUUUACUCAUUUCCAGAUGUCGGGAGAAGACCCACAAGAGCAUAGUGAUCCCCCAGCCGAGGGCGUACACUUGUGAGAAGAUUCAGAAGACUGUUAAGAUUCCAAACGAGCCAAUGGUAAGUCUCAAUUGUUUAGAUUUCCAUAUUCUCAAUUCCAUUCCGUUCCCUGGUCAAGUCUGUUCAUAAUCCCUCACGACCACCCGUCCUUCUCCGUCUGCUAUAAACAUGUGUUGUUGACCCAAAUUGAGUCAUAAAUUUUAUGAUCCUCUAUUGCUGAACCCUCAGACAAGCUCUCAGACACCCACCCUCCGCUUUAUGUUUCUUGGAAUUUGAUUCAUUUCGCCGCGCGCUUCAGAUGAGCAAGAAAUCAUCGCAUUGGAAUUACGUCGCUGCACCGAAGCACAUCACUCUGCAGCCGGGUCCGUCCAGCGAAAGGUCAAGUGCAAGUGUGGGUGUUGCCAACGGAUUCUCGACCGAAGCGAUGAUUGAGGAGAUUUUUGCGCCGCUUCGGGACACCAUAAAUGAGGGGAUUAAGGAAGCGCGGCACUUAUCCUCCUCUCCCGGUACGUGGUUUGGUUAGUUUUACUUUCGAUUUUGUGAAAUUCAGAAAAAAUGAAACUAACGCAUACACCGUCUACCCGCUUGGAGCAAUGGAAAGCUCAACUGAACUCGACGAGUCCUCGAACAAGAGAUAAAAGUGCGCCGGCCACAGUUCAACGGUAACUUUAUCUCAGAUAUUCGCAACUUCUACCCUUGCCUAUCUUUUCCAGACUAACCAUCAAACCUCAAACAACUCAACUUAACAUUCCUCGCCCUGUCCACACUACUCAAUCCGCUAGUAACGCAUUGUAAGUUAUCCCGCUUGACAGUUGUGAUUUGCUGAAAAGAAGAAUGCGAAAAAAUGGGGGAGGUUGAGUCUCUCUAAUUGAUACGAUUAGUCAAAUGUUGUUGACGGUUGCGUGUUUUAUACGAAAACCGGAGAAAGUUGUUCGUUCCGACCGAAAUUUCUGCAUCCUCUUUGUGUUGCGACCCCCCACACCCAACUGACUGUUCACUGACCUUCAAACGCGUCGAAAGUUUCGUGCCUCGCGGUUAUCAACACUCCCUGCCAACCCAUUCACCACUUCAUUAUCAUAUGUCUUCAGUACAUUAGUAUUCGAUUUUUGCCGUUUGUUUCAGAGUUGUCAUGGAUCAUCGAACUUUGAGAGAUGUCAGUGCUAGAAGACGUUCUGGCACGUGGCAACCAUUUUCUUCGAAUACAUGUAAGCUUUUAAACUGAAACUGUAUUGAGACUUUGCAAAAUAGCUUCUUUUUUUUUCAGAUAACGCGGAUCGACCUCCGAUAGAUUUUGUAACUUCUCCAAAAUAUUCUCAUCAUGAAGCGACAAUUUUCCGACCAAUAGCUCAUCGAGCAAAACCUGACUUUAUCAACCACAACGAUGGAAACAGAAGGUCUUUCAGAAGGUAUCUCAAACUUUUGGAUCCCUUUCUAAGCCCCCCAACUUCAGAGUAGAUUCAUUCUCGAAAGACAGCAACGGUUCCUUGUCCGAUCUUCUCAUGAUGUAUCAAGGUAAUGAACUUCAUAAAUCACUCGUCAAAUUCCUUCUUAUCGCUAAUUUUUUGCAGCUAAAGACCCAAAUCGAGAGAUGAACGCUUCAAUCCGCUCAACUGCCAGCAAUUCGUCUUCGUUCCCAUCGCUUCCGCCGGAACAGGUUUAUCGGCGGCGCGAGAGUGCUUCUCCACUUUACCUAUCAUCUCAUUUGGCUAUAAAUCAGUAUUCGUUGCAGAUAAAUCAACAGAAGAAUGUUCUGACGACUCUUUCAUCUUCGUCAUCUGGAAUACACGUAACACCGUCGCCAAGUGAUUCGGGCAUAAUUGAUUAUGAGGUGAUUUCCUGGUUGCGCGACAGUGUGAUAAAUUAGUGUUUUUGGUCUCAGAACCUGAUUAGAGACAAAGAGUUGGAACUGCAAGAGAUCAGAAAUACUAUGGAGCAGAAUGAAGAGAUCAUCAUCAAGGUGAGAAUUUGAGUUAUAUAUAAAAAGAUUGCUAUUUGAAGUUUCAGGUGUAUCAAGACAAAGAGCGAGCGUGGAAAACAGAGCUGGAAGGCCUGAAAUGUAGAGUGACGGCUGCUGAAAAGGGCGAAAGAGCUCUUCGGGAGCAGCUUUCCAACUGUCAACGUCAGAACACCGCCAUGGGUUCUUGUAUGCGAAGUCUCCAGGAGGAGAAGACACGACUCAUGGCGAAGGUACACUUUUUUCUAAAACCAAAACUAUUUCCAUUAUUUUCAGUGUAUCCAAAUGGAAAAAGAAGUGGACAACUUGCAAAACGUGUCCCUCCGAUCAGGAUGUCCCAACUGUACAAUUUCAUCUUCCAGCAAUGUUGACGUCAGUUUUUCAUUCUUUUUAUUUGUAUUUUCCCACAUCUAUGACUAACUAACGAUGUAUUGUACACCAAAAUUGUACAGCUAUUGUUUGAGAUUGAGAAGAAGCAACGGAAGGAAACAAUCGUUUUUCAGGAGGAGAAAGAUUUGCGGAAAGAAAUACAAGAUUUGCGGCGAGAAGUGACGAAUUUGAAACAAGUUGUGGACGAUGGACGACAUUUCAAGUCAUAA